GUUUGGAAAAAUAUGGCGGACAGUGUGAGGGAGCGACUUGAACGUCGUAAUGAAGAAAGGCUUGCGGCCAUAGAGAAACGGAAAGCUGAUAAAGAGAGCAAUGAGCAACCAACAGAAACAACAGAUUAUUUCGAAACUACCUUCGCUAAGGAAAAGGGGGCAGUAGAGGAUCUCCUUAGCAAAAGGGCUAGCUUGAUAGAACCCGGUAACAAAAUGCAAGCCACGGAGUUUUUUGAAUCCCUGACCGACAAGUGUCAGAAACUUCAAAAAUUUGUAUCAGAUUCCGCGAUGUUCUUACCUUCUCGCCAGAUAAAAGUCUCACAAGAUAUACUUAAAGCCUUGCAGCAAGAAAUUAACGAAAAGCGAGAGGAGUACAUGCCAAAGAAGAAGUUUGCUUUUAAGGCCAGAAAAAAGGAGGUGGUACCGACAAAAGAGGUGAGGGAAUAGUAAGCAUGUGGAUAAUCUUGUUCUGUGUUUCUCACAAUCAACAGAACAGAACUAUUAGUCAGUAUGUCUCAAGGAUACAGUAAAAAAAGGCCAUCAAUGAAUAAUUAUGCAUAUCCCCAGCUCCACCCCCUGGGUUGAUGACAGGUGUAAUCAAACAUUCUGUCUUAUCAACUGCCCUGAUUUCAUAAUCUUGUUCUGUGUUUCUUGGACAAUCAACAGAACAGAAAACUAUUUCUUGUGUUUUGAUUUAAAAAAUAGCAAUAUGUCUCAAAUUUUGGAUAAAGUAAAAAAAGAACUUCGGCAUCAAUGAAUAAUUAUGCAACAAAUCGGACCCCACUAUCUCCACCCCUCGUGGGAUUGAAUAACCUGUUACCAUGGAAUAAUUUAUACUUGUAUUUAGCGGUAAGUUUUAAGGGCUGUAAAAUUCUUCCAGGCUGGUAUGAAAAUCUGUGGAGGCGUGUGGGUUUCACUACUAUAUUUUUAAAAGGAAUUAUCCGCUGGUUAAGUAAAUACAUACAUGUAGAUUUUAUGGAUGUUUUUAGAGAUACAUUUGUAUUCUUCAGAGAUUUACAGUGAACAAACUGACGCCAGUUUUUUAUGUGUCUCUCCUCUUUGUGAUGCUAAAAUUACAUCAUAACAUUGUCAUUGUCAUUUAGGGGUCCAGAUAUCCAGAGGUUCUUACAUCCUUGGUUUUGUACAUCCAGGGGUUCUUAUGUUCAGGGAUUCUUAUGUCCAGGGGUCCUUAUGUCCAAGGAUUCUUAUGUCCAGGGGUUAUUACAUAUUUCAGGGGUUCUAACGUACAUAACAUUCUUAUUGUCAUUGAGGGGUUCAGAUAUCCUUGGUUUCUUACAUUCAGGGGUUCUUACAUUCAGGGAUUCUUAUGUUCAGAGCUUCUAAUGCAUUUCUAACAUCCAGGGGUUGUAACAUCCAAGUGUUCUUAGGUUCAGAGGUUGUUAUGUCCAAGGGUUCUUCCCUCGAGGAGUUCUUGUGUCCGGACGCUCUUACAUCCAGGGGCUCUUACAUUCAGAGGUUCUGACAUAGUGGCUUGAUAAGAGAUACAUGUACGAAUUAUAUGAAGGGCUUUCACUAAUAUCUUAGUGCCAAUUUCAUGUACAGAGGUUUGCCCAGCUACUGAUACACAAUCGAAAUGUUGCACCUUGUUAUUUUCACUUUCUCAAAAUGUUUUUUUUCUGUCCUAAAGGAGGGUAUCACCCAUCAAGAAACCAAAAACAAGACAGAUGCCCUCUCUACAACAGAAAAACAAUUCUUAGAGGCAAGCCUUGGUUUCAAAGGACUCACAGCACAAACUCUCACCAUGACGCCAGAACAGGUUAAAAGUCAAGAUGUCACUCUAAGGGGUCUCCAUAAUUGCAACAUUAUAGUUUAUGGUGCCCCGUCGGCCUUGCUUAUGAACAAACUAACAGACUGCACCGUUCUUUGUGGUCCAGUAUCUGGAGCUGUAUUCAUUGAAGACUGCUCCACAUGUAAUUUUGUCUUUCCAUGUCAUCAGUUACGUGUUCAUAGCACUACAGACAGUAACUUUUAUCUUCACGUAACAAGUAGAGCUAUUGUAGAGGAUUGCUCUAACGUAGGAUUUGCCCCGUUUAACUGGAAGUAUGAAGCUUUGGAAAGUGAUUUUCAAAUUGCUGGUCUCAAUCCUUUGGAAAAUAACUGGUCACUUGUGAAUGAUUUUAAUUGGCUGAAGACUGAUGAACCUUCCCCAAACUGGUUUGUUAUUCCAGAGGAUCAACGUAAAGAUAAAUGGAUUUUAUAAGCUUGCUUUGAAGAGAUAUCUAUACUGUCUUUUAUAGUGAGAAACACUUUUAAAUAUGCACUGUUGCCAGUAAGGGGCUAUUCACAUGAUACCA